AUGGCAGACAAACAAGAAAAUAAUGACCAAGUAGAAAUUACAAUAUCGGAAGAAAAAAAACCUAAAGAUGAACAUACACAUAAAAUAUUUAAUUUUCUUGGACAUUCGAAUCGUUCAUCAACAUCACUUGAAGGCGAUGACGAUGAUGAAUUAGUAAAAUUGGAAAUUAUUCCUGAGAUAGUUGAAGAUCAUCGUACUUUACUUUUAAUCAAUAAAGAAGAUCAAAAUUUAUAUCACGAAAUCAAAGAAUGGCACGAAGAAGAUCGUAAUCGUAGUCUUGAAGAUACAAUUUUGAAGUUUGAUCCUGAUAAAUAUCGUAAUUCUGAUGCGCUUGCAAAAGUGGUAUAUAAUUAUCCGUUACCAGAUUUUAUUAUAAGAUAUAAGGAUGACAAAAAAGAUGAGCAUCGAAAUGAAAAACAAAUAACGCGUGAUAACUUUGAGAUUUUAUUACUUCAAGCUGGAUUAAUUCUCGAACGUGAAGUUGAUCCAGAUGGAAUUUAUACUUAUGUUAAAAUCAUUGCUCCAUUUAAUACAUUGUGUGAAAUGGCUCAACGAAUAAGGCUUAAAGUUCGGUUAAAUAAAGAAAGUUUACCUAGUGAUUUGUCGAUUCUUGAUGAAUAUGUUAGAUCAUCUGAUACUAUACUUACCAAGAUUAUUGAACAUUUUGUAUAUGAUAUAGAGCUCAAAAAAGAUUCAUCGAUUUUUAAAAGAGAGCAUUUAAGAAGUUAUGAGGGAGCAGAAUCUAAAAAAAGCAAAGCAGACAUUGCAUUAAACUUCUUUAAUACUUCAAGGAGGAAUUUAAUGGUUCAUAGAGUGAUUAUUACGGCCAAUCUUAUUAACAAAAAAGAAACCUCACCAGAUGGAAAAACGGUAUAUGUUAAUAGAAAAAUAGAAAGUUUGGAAAUUAAAAAACUUAUUAAAAAAGGCAUUUAUGAUGAACUUUAUCCAAUUCAUGAUGGUCCUUCAAAAUAUAAAGAUGAUUCAAAAGAAAAUAAUAAUCCAAGAGCUACAUUAGAAGAAAAAUGGGUUAAAAGAGGCUUUAAGAGGCAACCGAUAGAUAAAAUAAGAGCUUAUUUCGGUGAAAAAUUGGCUUUAUAUUUUGCUUGGUUAGGUUUUUACACGUCAUGGUUAUCUAUAGCAAGUAUUGCAGGUGUAAUUGUAGUAAUUCAUGGAUUAAUUUACAUGUCAAGAUCAAAUUUCGAAAAUAAUAACGAUAAAAUUGCAGCAAUUUGGGACAAUGCACUCACGGCACCUUAUGCACUCUUUAUGGCAAUUUGGGCCACACUUUUUUUAGAAACAUGGAAAAGGGUAAAUGCAUCAAUACAAUAUGAUUGGGAUGUUAUUGAUUAUGAAAAAGAUGAACUUCCAAGACCCGAAUUUUACGGAACUACACUUCGGGUAUCUUUAAUUACUUUGAAAAAAGAAAUUGUAUUUCCCUUUAGAGAAAAGUUAGUAAAAAUUUUUAUAUCAGUAGCGAUAGUUUUAGUUUCGAUUGGAAUCGUACUUGUAACUGUGGGAGCUUUAUUAUUAUUUCCGGAGAAUUUGCAAGUGGUUAAAAAUGUUAAAUAUGUAGGACCAGUUAUUACCGCUAUUAUAAAUUUAGCCACUAUUAUUAUAUUAAAUCUGAUAUAUAAAAAUGUAGCAAGAUUUCUUACGGAUUUCGAGAAUCAUAAAACUGAAACUCAGUUCGAAGAUUCAUUAAUUCUUAAAGCAUAUCUCUUUGACUUUAUCAAUUUUUAUUCUGCAUUGAUUUAUCUUAUGUUUUCUGGAGGCAGAUCAUGUGAAAAUAAUUGUAAUGACGAUGCAUGUCGCGAGAGGUGUAUUCAACAAGGCAGAGGGUUGACUUUACUUACGAUUCAACUUGCAAUUAUUUUUAUUGGUAAACAACUUAUUGGGCAAAUUCAAGAAAUUUUAAUUCCAUGGUUAAUGAGUAAAUGGAAUAAAGCUAAAUCCGCAUUGGAUCGAGAAUCGUUGGAAAAAAAGUAUGCAGAUUCCGGCAGGAAGAAUAAAGAAAUUCCACAAUGGAUAGAAGAUGAUCAUUUGGCGGGAUCUUCGGAUUCCAUUAGGACCGAAUAUGAAGAAAUGGUAAUUCAAUUUGGAUUUCUUGCGUUAUUUGGGGUUGCUUUUCCAUUAUCACCAUUGUUUGCUUGGAUUAAUAAUGCUACAGAAAUAAGAUCUGACGGCCUCAAAUAUAUUAAAACGUUACAAAGACCAGUCGGGUAUCAAGCACAAGACUUAGGAAUGUGGGAAAAAAUUAUGAACAUAGUAUCAUUCAUAGCAGUAUUAACAAAUGCAGUAAUUAUAGCUUUUCAUUCAAGAUGGAUGGAAAAUCAAUUUAAAAAAUAUACAGGUGAUGAUGAAAAUAGAUUGUUAGUUGCUAGACUCGUAUUUGUACUUGCCUUUGAGCAUCUUGUGUUUAUUAUUAAAUUAAUGUUUGCGUAUAUGAUACCGGAUGUACCAAAUAAAGUUAGAAUUGCAAUAGAGAGAGAACGUUAUCUUUCUAGAUUAGUGUUAGAAGGUGAAUCACCCGUAUUGGAUGAAUAUUGGAGUGAUAAAAAAGAUGAUUCUUCUUUAUUUUCUGAAAAAGGUUCUUUAUUAUUACCUCAUAGAUUUACUAAAAAAUUUAAGUCACAAUAA